AUGUCGUAUCGAGAACUACGUAGUUUUACGGAAAAGAUGCGAGUAAUCGGAUAUCCAGGAUUAUUAUCAAUGGACAGUUUCAAAUCCCCUAAUUUUCCAUUGGUUGCUGAUGUUCUCUUGUGGCUCGUGCGAAGCUACGAUGCAAACGCAGAAAUACCAGACGACGUAUCGUCAGAACAAGAUCGGAUCAUGUUUAUAAAGGCAGUUGCUCAACUCAUGGCAACAAAAGCACACAUCCGACUAAACACUCGAAAACUAUACAUGUCUGAUGGUAAUGCAGUACGAGAAUUACUGAAAAUUGCUACGGUUAUACAUCAAGCUGUUUUGAGUUGCUCGAAUGAUGAUGAGGAGGAGGAUUCCCUAGUCUACGCACCACCAGACAUAACCUCCAAACUCGCUCAACUAAAAGCAUGUAGAUCACUCGCUUCAGAAAUCACUGAAAAGGGUGCUAUAUUAUUUGAUUUGUUGGGCAAGGAGCUGGAACUACGUGACGCACGCUCAGCAGUCGUAUCCCGAAACAUUGACAUGAAAACACUAGAAUCUGCAGUCCUCGAAUCCGUUACUGCCAUGCGAGCCGAAUUAGAGACCACACAGAAAGCCAUAGAUAAUUUAGGUGCGGAUGAAACUAAUCUGCAAGCCAAGAUCGAUCGAAAACGACAGGAAUUGGAUCGUGCUGAAAAGAGAUUGAAGAGUUUAGAGGGUGUUAGACCGGCAUAUAUGGACGAAUAUGAAAAGAUUGAGAUGGAACUAGCUAGACUGUAUGAAGGAUACGUGACCAAGUUUUGUAAUUUGGCUUAUUUGGAACGACAAUUAGAGGAACUGGAGCGUAUUGAAGCUGACAAGUUCCAGGAAACAGAAACAAAUCUCAAACUUAUGCAAAUGAGACUUCAAGAAGAAGAAGUCCGAUUACUGCGAGGUGAUGGAGAAAUACUGGAUGAUGAUUAUGAAGUGGGGAGCAGUAGUGCUGGAACUGGAGGAGGUGGAAAUGCUGGUGUGGGCAACAAGGCAUCUCCUAAUCUGUCGCAUAAUGGAAGUUAUGCGUCCCCUCAGAUAUCUGCUGCUUCGAGGGCUCAUAGACCGAAAGGUGCGGCACCUACACGGUCUGCUCGUAGUAUAGCAGUUGCUGGUGCUCCUUCCUCUCAUGGGUUUGAUGAAUAUGGGUUGGACGAAGAUGAGCUCGACAUUAACUCUUCAGACGAGGACGAUCAAGACGAUUACGCAGACAAUCGUUUAACUACUGGCACUGCACGACCAGGUGCAAAACAAGUUCCGCCCUCUAUGGGACUAUUAGAUGAUGACGGCAGUGAUGAAGAUGGACUGGAUGAUGAAGAUGAUUUAUCGGAUCAUGACUUCUAA